AUGACGGCAGCUCUGAAAGUGAAGAAGAAGGUGGUAGUGCUGAUGAAGCGACCGACGAACACCACGAACACGACUCAACCCCUUGCGCUGUCAUUGGAUGAUAUUGGCAUAAUGACAGGCGCUCACAUUGUGAAGUCAACUCAAGAGUCCAAGAAGGGCUAG